AUGGGCGAUGUAAGUGAGGGGGAGGAUGGAAAAAAAAUCUCGGAGAUAGGGCUCGAGGACUUGAUUUUUUAUCCGGGCGGCUUGAAAAGAUGCGGGGGAGGAAUGAGCUCCCCUGCCCUGGGGGGGACCGAUGACGCUACUGUGGCAAGAGUUGUCGGGAUGGUUGGCAAUUUAGCGGGGGCUGUCGCGGGAUUACCGCGGACACACUCCAUGUCGGCGCUAAGGUCCAGGCCUCCCAGAAGGGCUGUGUUUUGGGAGCAACAGUGCUUUGCUUCACCUACCAAACGUGAUUACUCUAUUGAUUUUGUAUUGAAAAAACUAUUUAAAUUAAUGCAGAAAUUUAUGCUCCAAUAUACAGAAUCAUGGCGAAGAUCUUAUCGUUACCCCGUUUGCCCAGAUACUUGCCUCGUUACGAUCCGUUAGAAAUAAUUUCCUAUCGCUCACCAAUGUACCAACAAACAAAUCACGUAGAAGCAGUGGGGCACAAGGAAGUAAUACACCACAACCACGUGUUCUGGCACCGGGAGAUGAAACCUACAUGAAAAUGGCUGUGGAGACAAUGGAGGAACUUGACUGGUGCUUAGAUCAAUUGGAGACCAUUCAAACUCACCGGUCUGUUUCGGACAUGGCUUCUCUCAAGUUCAAGAGAAUGCUUAACAAAGAGCUUUCGCACUUCUCAGAGUCUUCCAAAUCUGGUAAUCAAAUAUCUGAGUACAUCUGCACUACUUUCUUGGACAAGCAGCAAGAGUUGGAUCUACCGUCGUUGCGAAUCGAAGAUGUGGCAUCAACAAGCGGAUCCGGGGAUUCGCGAUCCGCGAAGAAGAAAGAGCGAGCUCAGAGAGGGCCAGCCGCCAUGUCCCACAUCAGCGGAGUGAAGCGUCCAUUGACCCACACAAACAGUUUCACCGGCGAGCGAGUACCUGUCUACGGAGUGGAAACUCCCCACGACGAAGAGCUCGGCAAGGUGCUGUCAGAGGUCGACAAGUGGGGCAUCGACAUAUUCAGGAUAGCCGAGCUGAGUAACAACAGACCGUUGACCUGCGUAGCCUACACGGCAUUCCAGAGCCGCGACUUGCUCAAAUCACUGGCAAUACCGCCCAAGACUUUUGUUACCUUCAUGAUGACUCUCGAGGAUCACUAUGUCAAGGACAAUCCCUUCCAUAACAGCCUUCACGCGGCCGACGUAACACAGUCGACGCACACGCUGCUCAAUACGCCCGCGCUUGAGUCCGUCUUCACGCCGCUCGAGAUCAUGGCAGCCUUGUUCGCGGCGACUAUUCAUGACGUAGAUCAUCCAGGUCUUACCAAUCAGUUCCUCAUCAACUCCAGUUCAGAACUAGCGCUGAUGUAUAACGACGAGUCAGUAUUGGAAAACCACCACCUGGCGGUAGCCUUCAAGCUCCUGCAGAACGAGGGCUGUGACAUAUUCGUAAACAUGACGAAAAAGCAGCGACAGACUGUGAGGAAGAUGGUGAUCGACAUGGUGCUGUCAACAGACAUGUCCAAGCACAUGUCGCUGUUGGCUGAUCUAAAGACCAUGGUGGAAACCAAGAAAGUUGCUGGCUCAGGUGUCCUACUGCUGGACAACUACACGGACAGAAUCCAGGUGCUGGAGAACCUGGUACACUGCGCUGACCUGUCGAACCCGACAAAACCGCUGCCGCUCUACCGAAAGUGGGUCGCGCUCCUCAUGGAGGAGUUCUUCCAGCAAGGAGAUCGGGAACGGGAGCAAAAUAUGGACAUCAGUCCGAUGUGUGACCGACAUAACGCGACUAUUGAAAAGUCACAAGUCGGUUUUAUUGACUACAUCGUCCAUCCACUUUGGGAAACCUGGGCUGACCUCGUUCAUCCGGAUGCCCAGGACAUUCUUGACACGCUUGAAGAGAACCGUGAUUGGUACCAGUCCAUGAUUCCACCCUCGCCGCCGUCUGACGACCAGCAGGGAAGCGAACAACUCUCUGAUAGAAUUCACUUUCAGGUAACGCUGGAAGAAGGAGAUGAAACAAUCGAAAACCCAGAAGAUGACGAAGACUUUACCGGCGAGCCCGGUGAUCAAGAGGCAGCCUCAGCGGACCCUGGGAUGUGA